CAGGGCGGUGGGAGGAGAUGCCAUGACCCCCAUCCUCAUGGUCCUGAUCUGUCUCGGGUUGAGUCUGGGCUCCAGGAACCACAUGCAGGCAGGUGAGUCUGGACCUCCGUAAGCCACCCUUAGGGCUGAGCCAGGCUCUGUGAUCACCAAGGGGAGUCCUGUGACCCUCAGAUGUCAGGGGAGCCUGGAGACCCAGGAGUACCGUCUAAAUAAAGAAAAAGCAUCAGCAUCCUGGAUUAAGUGGAUCCCACGGGAGCUUGUGAAGAAGGGCCAGUUCCCCAUCCAGUCCAUUACUUGGGAACACGCAGGGCAGUAUCACUGUCGGUAUUACAGCCACACUGGCUGGUCAGAGCCAGUGACCCCUGGAGCUGAUGGAGUCUACAGCAAACCCACCCUCUUAGCACUGCCCAGCCCUGUGGUGACCCCAGGAGGAAGCGUGACCCUCCGGUGUCGCUCACAGGUGCCAUUUGAUCACUUCACUCUGUGUAAGGAAGGAGAAGAUGAACACUCACCAUGCCUGAGCUCCCAGCCCCACCGUGGGUCGUCCUGGGCCGUCUUCUCCGUGGGCCCCGUGAGCCGUCGCAGGUGGACGUACAGGUGCUGUUAUGACUCUCACUCUCCCUAUGUGUGGUCUUCACCCAGUGAUCUCCUGGAGCUCCGGGUCCCAGGUGCUUCUGAGAAGCCAUCACUCUCAGUGCAGCCGGGGCCUGUCGUGGCCCCUGGGGAGAGGCUGACCCUCCAGUGUGGCUCUGAUGUCGGCUAUGACAGGUUUGCUCUGUACAAGGACUGGGGGCCUGACCUCCUCCAGCGCCCUGGCCGGCAGACCCAGGCUGGGCUCUCCCAGGCCAACUUCACCCUGAGCCCUGUGAGGGUCUCCCACGGGGGCCAGUACAGAUGCUCCGGUGCCCACAACGUCUCCUCCGAGCAGUCGGCCCCCAGUGACCCCCUGGACGUCCUGAUCUCAGGACAGAUCCCUGGCAGACCCUCCCUCUCAGUGCAGCCGAAUUCCACGGUGGCCUCAGGAGAGAACGUGACCCUGCUGUGUCAGUCACAGAGGUGGAUGGACACUUUUCUGACCAAGGAGGGAGCAGCUGAUGCCCCUCUAUGUCUAAGAUCAAAGCACCAAUCUGAUAGGGACCAGGCUGAAUUCCCCAUGAGUCCUGUGACCUCAGCCCACUCGGGGACCUACAGGUGCUAUGGCUCAUACACCUCCAACCCCUACCUGCUGUCUCACCCCAGUGACCCCUGGAGCUCAUGGACCCUCCUGGGGCCCCAGCCCUCACCCACCGGUCCCACCCCCACACCUGGCCCUGGCGACCAGCUUGUCACUCCUCCAGAUUCAGAUCCCCAAAGUGGUCUGGGAAGGAACCUGGGGGUUGUGACCGGGGUCUCAGUGGCCUUCAUCCUGCUCCUCUUCCUCCUCCUCUUCCUCGUCCUCCGAUAUCAGCAUCAGGGCAAACACUGGACAUCAGCCCAGAGAGAGGCUGCUUUCCAACAUCCUGCAGGCUGUGGAGCCAGAACCACAGGCGGAGGCCUGCAGAGGAGGUCCAGCCCAGCUGCCGACACCCAGGAAGAAACUCUCUAUGCUGCCGUGAAGGACACACAGCCUGAGGACGAGGUGGAGCUGGACACUCGGGCUGCUGCAUCUGGCCCCCAGGAUGUGACCUAUGCCCAGCUGCAGCUGACCCUUAAACGGGAGGCAACUGAGCCUCCUUCGUCCCAGGCAGGGGAGCCCCCAGCUGAGCACAGCAUCUACGCCACUCUGGCUGUCCACUAGUCCAGGGAGGACCCAGUCUCUACACACCAUGAAGACUCAGGACCCCAGAAGGCAUGGAAGCUUCCCCCAGUCGGCACCAUUGAACCCCAGCCAGCCUGAACCCCUAACAUAGACCACUGGAAGAUUCUAGGAGCUUUGGGAGUCACCUGAUUCUGCAAAGAUAAAUAGGAUCCCUGUAUUAUCAAAAUAAAGAGGCAGACCUCUCAGCUCACAAUGAGUUAACUGGUAAAACAAAACAGAAGUCUGAAAAUGGUUUUAAAUUGAUUGAUCAUGUAAAUAUUACACAUCAAACCAGUGACAUGGGAUAGUAGGAGCUUCUAACGAGGACAAAGGAAAAAUAGAGAAAAAGUAAUAAAGUGAUAAGGUUUAUUCUUGAAAACAUUAAUGAUACAUGAAUCUUGGCCACAAUGAAAAAAAAAAAAAGCAGGCACACAU